ACGUCGCACUUGUGUGCCGCGCACUGCUGCCAAAAGAAAACAUGGGCGUCCAGCGUCUGCUGAGGCUGAGGAUGGCGUCACACUCCUGCUCCCGCCCCCCGGCCGCCGCCUUGGCGCCGCGCGCCGCGCGCCCGCUCUCCUCUCUCCUCCUCGCCCCUUCGCCCUCCACCGCGCGCCCUCCGUCCGCGCCCCUCUCGUGCGCAGCUCGGCCGUGCCGGGGCCACGCCCACGCGGCGGCGUCCGCGUCGCGCGGCGCGGCAGGGCGGAGGCCCCCGAGCGUGGCGGCGAUGUCGUCGUCGACGCCGCCGCCGGGGCCCGUGCAGAAGUCGGAGGAGGAGUGGCAGGCCAUCCUCACGCCGGAGCAGUUCAACAUCCUACGCCGCAAGGGCACCGAGUACCCUGGAACGGGUGAAUAUGACAAGUUCUUUGAGGAGGGCAUUUAUAAAUGUGCUGGAUGUGGAACUCCCUUAUACAAAUCAUCUACAAAGUUCAACUCAGGGUGUGGCUGGCCGGCAUUCUAUGAGGGACUUCCUGGGGCCAUAAAACAGACGCCGGACCCUGAUGGGAGGCGGACAGAGAUCACAUGUACUGCCUGUGGAGGACAUUUGGGGCAUAUAUUCAAAGGGGAGGGGUUUAAAACGCCUACCAACGAGCGACACUGUGUUAACAGCAUUUCGCUUAAGUUCACUCCAUCCUAGGAGGAAGCCUGACGGCAGAUGAACCCCAACCUGAAACUCAACAACAGAAUAACUGCUUGGCCUCUGUUGGUUGCUUUCAUAUUGUAUAGUGAGUUAUGAGAUGGAAUUUGUUAUUCCAUGAUCAUUUCUAAUAUGCUGUAACAAAUUUUCAAUCACAAGUGGUGAUCUUUGUUGAUAAAUCAGUGUACUUCUGCGGUUCUUCUUGUUAAUGAUUGCAUGUUCAACUCCA